GUGAAACAAAACAGAGACGAAAAAUAGAACAUAAAUGUCACUGCUUAGCUAGUGUUUUGUUCGGUCAAUAAAUUAAUGCAUAUUUUGCACGUAAAACUAGCCAGCCUUACUCAAUGAUCUUACUUUAAGUGAAAUACUGCGAACAAUAACUAAAUGAAACGGCCCUAACGACUCGAAGCAAAGGCGACCUUUGGAAUAUCCGAUAAUGGCCAACUAUCAUUUACACUCAAGUGAUACCAGCAUCUCCAUUCCGAGAAUCAUUACGGUGGAGAGUGUCAAUUACUAUGAGAUUUUGAUCAAAUGCGGUCAUAUAAUGUGGACAGUUAAGCGAAGGUAUCGUGAUUUUGAUGAUUUACAUAACAAACUUGUUCAGGAGCGCAGUGUCUCGAAAGAUAAACUUCCACCGAAAAAAAUUAUCGGAAACAAAAGUCCAAGCUUCCUGAAACUACGACAAGAAGCACUCGAACAAUAUUUGAAAGAAAUGUUAAUAUUUCUAAAGGUGACAAUGCCAAAAGAGUUUGUCGAGUUCCUCGAUUUCCAUCGAUACGACAUUAUAUUCAUAGCGCAUAACUUGGCUAACUCGUUUUUCCUGCGGGGUGAAACGUUCCUAGCCAAAUCGAAAAAGUAUGGAUUUUCCGUUCUGGAGUUGCAUGCCAUUAGCGAACGACUUAAACUGCCAUGUCCGCCAACGGAAGCCGCCGAUAGCUGUUUGGACUUUUCUCACAUAAUGGAUUUUUGCUCCCAGUUGGAGACGGUAAUAGUUCUACCAACGAAGCAUAGUCUCCCGAUGAUUUUGUAUGAUGACGAUUCCGAAAAAUACAUUCCCCACUCGUUACACAAACCGAUUGGUAGCAGCAAUUUGAUACCAUCACAGCUAAGAUAUGAUCUUAGUGUGUUCAAAGGAUUGAAAAAUCUUAUAAUUUAUGGUAUCUCAACGGAGAAUAUUGAGAACGUUGGUGGCCUUCGCGAGAGCUUAGUUAGGAUUGAAGUAUACAAAAGUGAGGUAAAACACGUCAGACAAAUAGCACUUUGUGAUGACAUCCACAAAAACACCGAGGAGUUGGAUUUGCUGAAGCAAUGGAAAAAUCUCAAGCACGUGGUUUUCAAAGAAAAUCAACUGACAGAAAUUGAUCAUACGAUACGCUUGUUGCCAAAAGUAAAAGAUUUGGUUCUAGAUAAAAAUCAAAUUGAAAGUAUAGACCAUCUCAGCCAUUUGAACAAUUUGCAAGUACUUAGUCUGCGUUGCAAUCGGAUAUCUGAAUGUCACAAUUGGCACGUGCAGCUGGGAAAUCUUAUAAGCCUUAAUCUGUCACACAACCGUAUUCGAGUGCUAGAUGGUCUGUCCAGACUGUACUCACUUGUAAAUCUUGAUCUAAGUUAUAAUCAGAUCGACGAUAUCAAUGAAAUUGAUCAUAUAGGAAACCUACCUUUACUGGAAAAUCUUCGACUACAGGGAAAUCCGGUGGCAGGAAGUGUUGACUAUCGAGCCCGCGUUCUGUCUCGCUUUGGCGACCGGUUACAGGAAAUCUAUUUAGAUAAUGAGAAGGGUAAUCAAGCUGAAUAUGAUACGGCUUUGGUGCUAUCGGCAUUGCGUAUAUCUGCUCAAAAUUCUCAAAAAAAGUUGCACAGUUUGCUAGAUACGACUGCAUCAGUUGAUGGUAAUUGCCCGGGAUCCAGUGGGUCAAGAUAACAUUAGCCACGUGUUUUCUGUUCUGUGUUUAUAUCUUAGAAAUGGUUUCAUUGGUGCUACGUGAUACAUAAUUGUUCAUGAUUGACACUCCAUGAAACACUUUUAAUCUCCCAAUUUAUUGUUAUUUUUAUGACAUAUAAGAACGUGAUUCGUCAUAGCUGUAUUAUAAGAGAAAUAUAUAAUAAACAAUAAAUAUUUUUAGUAUCCUCAA